AUGUCACCUCGAACUCGCACCGCCAUGCAAAUUGUCGGUCCCGGUGACGCCGAACUUCGCUCCGAGGUCACCUACCCCCGACUCCGCGAUGAAUACAUCAUCGCCAAGACGAGGGCCUUUGCUCUGAAUGCCACUGAUAACAACCAUAUAGAUGGCGUCGGAGGCCCCGGGACGAUCGUCGGCUGUGACUGGUCCGGGGUCGUCUUGGAGGUCGGAAAGUCCGUCACGCGGUUCAAACCCGGGGAUGAGGUGUACGGCGUUUGUCAUGGAGGUAAUAGAGUCGAGCCCGAAGACGGCGCCUUCUCCGACAUAGUCACCUGCAAGGAACACACUACCUUCCACAAGCCAACCCAUCUAAGCUUCGAGGAGGCGGCAUCCUUGGCUGUUGGGCUCGUGACUGUUGGCCAGGCUCUCUAUAAGAACAUGGACUUGACCUGGCCGUCGAUCAGCUCGACUGCAAACCCGAGCUCAGAUCCUACUGAGGCGCCUAGCCCGGGCCCUUCGAUAUUGAUCUACGGCGCUAGUUCGGCGACAGGGACGAUUGCGAUCCAGAUAGCCAAGUUGUCUGGCUACACUGUGCACGCCACCUGCUCACCCGCCAACAACGCCGUCGUCGCCUCCCGCGGAGCAGACUACAUCUACGACUACAACAACCCGGAAAUUCUAUCGAGCAUUAUCGCCAAAUCCGCCACCACUCCCAUUCGUUACAUCCUCGAUUGCAUAGGCGACGACUUCACCGGCACGUACUGCAGCAAGGUUCUCCGUGCGACCGGCGGCCACUACCAUUCCGUCAGAUGGCCCCUAUCGGCCCCCUUCAAGGAGCUGCGGCCCGAGGAAAGCGCAAAAGCCACCUCUGCGUUGGGGUAUGCGAUGCUGGGUGAGCGGUUCGAGUUCCCCGAGGGACUGGUUUUCGAGGCAGAUGCGGAGGAAGAGGCGUUUGGGAAGCGGUGGGGGAAGGUUGCUGAGGAGUUGUGCAGUGGUAAAAUGCAACAAGAACUCAGGGCACACAUAUCCUUCUUUUUUGUGAAGGAAUGGAAUGAGGAUAUCACCAAAAUAGCCUAUGAAUCUAAAUCAAAAGAGACUAAUCGCUUCACGGCGGACGAGGAGAAUACGACCCGGGGAUCGGGGGUUUCGAAUGAUGGUUCGGAGGAGCCGCUGAAGAGGAAACUGCAGUCGCGACACCUGCAAAUGAUCGCAAUUGGGGGGAUUAUCGGACCGGGAUUGCUGGUCGGUUCCGGAAAUGCGCUCAACAAAGGUGGCCCGGCAGGAUGCUUGAUCAGCUUUGCCUUGGUCGGCAUCAUUGUGUUUUUUGUCAUGCAAUCGUUGGGAGAAAUGGCCACCGCCAUUCCCGUGUCGGGUUCCUUCACCGAAUAUGCGCAACGCUUUGUAGAUGACUCGCUUGCUUUCGCCUUGGGAUGGGCGUAUUGGUAUUUAUGGGUGACGAUCCUUGCAAAUGAGUAUAAUGCCAUCUCUCUGGUAAUCGGGUUUUGGACCGAUGCAGUUCCGCAAUGGGGCUGGAUUCUCAUCUUCUGGUUCUUGUUUCUCGGUCUGUCAAACCUGGGUGUUCUGGCAUACGGCGAAAUGGAAUUUUGGUUGUCACUAAUCAAAGUUUUGGCGCUUAUUGCUUUCUUCAUCCUUGCCAUUUGCAUCAGCACGGGAGGUGUGGGCCCUGGACCUAUUGGAUUCAAAUACUGGCGUGAUCCUGGGGCAUUCGCAGAUUCCAUCAACGGCGUUGCGAAGACCUUUGUCGUUGCAGGAACACUGUAUGCGGGGACGGAAAUGGUCGGAGUCACUGCCGGAGAGUCGUCAAACCCACAGAAGGCUGUUCCCACCGCUAUUAAACAGGUCUUUUGGCGGAUUCUGAUUUUCUAUAUCGGCACUAUGUUCUUUAUCGGAAUCCUCCUCCCAUACAGCGACGAGCGAUUGUUAGGCUCGAGCUCAGACGCAGCCAGCUCACCCUUAACCAUUGCGCUCAAAGAUGCCGGCAUUCUCCCCGCGGCUCACCUGAUCAAUGCCCUGAUCGUUGUCAGUGUCAUUUCUGCCGGAAUCGGCUCCUUAUAUGCCGCGUCGCGAACUAUGGUCUUCAUGGCGCGCAAUGGCAAAGCUCCGCGAUUCAUCGGUCGCACUAAUGCUGCUGGUGUACCCUGGGUAGCAUUAAUCUUCACCAACAUCUUCACCUGCAUCGUGUUUCUCACUCUAUCGUCGGGCGCCAGCAAGGUCUUCACGGCCUUGAUUACCCUAUCGGGUGUAUCAACCUUCAUCGUCUGGUCUGUCAUAUGCCUGGCGCAUAUCCGAUUCCGCAAGGCGAUGGCGGUGCAAGGAGAUGAUCCCGCUCGGCUGCCCUUCCGCGCGGCGUUCUAUCCUUAUGGCACGUACCUUGCGCUGGCGGGCAACAUCUUUUUGGUUUUCUUUCAGGGAUAUACGGCAUUUUUGAACCCUUUCAGCGCGGAUGAUUUUGUCGUCAAUUAUAUCUUGCUUCCCGUAUUCGUUCUAUUCGCCGUGGUCUACAAGUUCUGGAACAAGACAAAGAUAGUCAAGUUGGAGGAGAUGGACAUUUGGACUGGAAGAAGGGAGCUGGUGGACGAAGGAGAGUUUGGAAAGGCCAGAACGUGGAGGUCAAGGUUCAAGGAUGUCGUUGUGGGAUAA